AUGCUGCGCUCCGUACCGUUUCUACUUCUCCUGCUGUCCGGCGUGGAAGCGCUUGUACCAACGCCUGUACGAACCGCUGUACCACAAGGCACCGUUCCUCAUGCCGCUGCUGAGACUCCGUCUCCAACGCCUACAUCACUAGCGACAAUUGAACGGCGAGAAUUUUCAAUCUCGAUCCCCCCGGUUUCAAUCCCUCCUGUCUCCAUCCCUAGCCUGUCGCUUGACCUGCCCGUCAACACUUGCACUCCAACCAUCGCCCCUGACAAGAAUGGCUGGGUGCCACCAUCGGAAUGCAACGCACUCUACCUCUACUACCCGUCUUUCGGGGCUGCCAUUGCGUUUUCCGUCCUAUUUGGCGCGGUGAUGGUAGUACACUUUGUGCAGGCUACCAUCUAUAAAGCUGGCUUCGUCUGGGUUAUCUUGAUGGGAGCCACCUGGGAAUGCAUAGGGUUCGUCGCCCGGUCAGCAGGUACUCGCGACCAGCAGAGCUCCGGCCUGGCAACAACGGCUCAGUUAUUUAUUCUGCUCUCGCCCUUGUGGGUUAAUGCUUUUGACUACAUGGUUCUUGCUCGUAUGAUCCAUUUCUACAUCCCCAGUCGAACCAUCGGCAUUUUCAAACCAGCAAUACUAGCGAAGAUCUUCAUUGUUCUAGAUUUCAUUGCCUUUAUCAUCCAGCUCGUUGGUGGCGGCAUGGCUGGGCCCGGACAAACACCCGAGGCCGCAAUGCGAGGAAUCCAUAUAUACAUGGGUGGCAUUGGGAUCCAGGAAUUUUUCAUCAUCCUGUUCCUCAUCCUCGCCAUUCAGUUCCACCGUCAAAUGCUCCACCUCGAGCAUACUGGAAGACUGCAAGAUUCCAAGCGAACCUGGAGGCCUCUCUUAUACUCACUUUACAUCAGUCUCUUCUUUAUUACCAUGCGCAUCGUCUAUCGUUUGAUAGAAUUCUCGUCCGGACACACUGAUUCAAAUCCUAUUCCGCACCACGAGUGGUACAUGUACGUCUUCGAUGCCGUUCCAAUGCUCUUCGCCAUUGGAACAUGGAACGUUGUCCACCCUGGAAAAAUCAUACGGGGCCCUGAUGCCAAAAUGCCUUCCAGCGGUAUUAGUAAGAUAUUCUGCUGUGCCUGCUGCACCUGCUGCAGCCGGCGAAAGUCUUCGGAUUUGCAGAAAAUACCCAGUUCGGACCCUGUGGGAGAUGAGAUGUUGCCAUUCCGACACCGGGCACCCUCUCCGUAUAGAUAG